AUGACGUCAAUCGCCUCACAAAUCUCGUUCUCCACUCUCUGCACUGUUUUCGAGGAGAUCUUCACGGCGAAAACUAACAAAAACCGCCAAACACUCCUCUCCGAUUUCCUCGAAAAAUGUCGAGCUCAAUCCCAAUCGUCGACCCCUCCCCCCAGCCUCUUCCCAAUUCUCCGUCUCUUCCUGUUGAAACUUGACAGGGAACGAGGGCCCAACGGUCUCAAGGAGAGGUCUCUGGCAGUCCUCUACAUCAGAGUCUUCUGCUUGGGGAAGACUUCUCCAGAUGCUAAGAAGCUUCUGAACUACAAAGAGCCCCUCAGAUCCAAAAACAACACCAACGACUUUGCAGAGCGAGUCUUCGUCGUCCUCAAGCCUCGUCUGAAAAAAUCAUCCUCCCUCUCUGUAGAGGAUGUCAACAACUUCCUGGACACCAUCUCCAAUCAAUUCUCCUCGAAUCAAAAACAAGACGGUGAAUUCAUCAAAAUAAUGGAAGAGUGUUCAGCGCUGGAGGUGAAAUGGCUGACGAGGAUAAUUCUGAAGGAUCUGAAGCUGUCGAUGGGAUCGAGGAAGAUUCUUGAUGUGUUUCAUCCUGACGCGGAUCAGCUGUUUGCCCAGAAAUCGAAUCUGAAGGUGGUCUGCGAGACCCUGGGAAAUCCGAGGGAACGGAUUAACACGAGGGUCUCGAGUGUUAGUGUGUUCUCGCCGUUCAAGCCGAUGUUGCUGGAGCGAUUGCCGAUUACUCACAUCAGGAAGUUCUUUGUUGAUGGGAGGAAAACUGAGUUUAUUAUCCAGACGAAGUUCGAUGGAGAGAGGUCUCAGGUCCACGUGAGGGACGGGAGGUUCAAGUAUUUCACGAGACACGGGCUCGAGAUCACUAAGAAUCCUUCCUAUGGAGAGACGAGGGGCGCCAGGGGGUUCUUGACGAACAAGAUCUCUUCGUUGUUGAAUCCUCAUUGCAGAUCAAUCAUCUUAGAUGGAGAGAUGAUGGGAUUUCACAAAGAAAAAAAAGAGUUUAGCACGAAAGGAGUGCCUUUCGACGUUAAGAAAUUAACAUUCAAAAGUAAACACCAUCCGUGUCUAGUUGCUUACGAUAUCCUUCUCUACAAUGAUGAAUUACUCAUCAAUAAGCCGUUGGAGUAUCGAUUGAAGGUGUUGGAAGGCGCUUUUGAGGAGUCACCGGGUGUUUUACUGAGAGCCAAGAAUGAGAGAGUUUCUUCAAUGGACGAGAUCAUCGCAUCAUUCAACAGGGCUAUAGAUACCCAUGAAGAAGGAAUCGUUCUGAAGAAGAUCGACAGUCUGUACCAUAUAGACACUCGCGACGGAAGCGGCUGCUACAAGAUCAAAUCCGAUUACUCCUCCGAGCUAAUCCAGGACGUGGACCUGGUGAUAAUCGGCGGUCACUACGGUGAAGGCCGUCACACCGGGCUUUUCAACAGCUUUCUCACAGCCUGCGUGCACCCCACCUCCCCCACCAAGACAUUCUACUCGGUAGUCUCCGUGAGCAACGGCCUCACCGGCAACGCCAUUCGCUCCUUCAACGCUAAAUUCAGUCCCUUCUGGACGAAAAACAAGCCGGAAGUGAUAGUCGCCCCCAAGAAAGGUCUCCCAGACGUCUGGAUCCACCCCCAACACUCGAUCGUCCUCCAGAUAAACUAG